ACCAAACGGUUGUCGGUUAAGCAAGCAGAGUGUCAAGGUGCUUUGGUGUCUUGUAUGGCUUAAAAGAUACAAAAAUCAGGGAGAGAUAAUGAUAUUUGUGAAUUUAAUUAGUGCAACUGGAUGGCUUUUGGUGUUUUUGUGUCAUGUAGCAGUUUCAGAAAAAUAUUCAAAAGUUCCUCCAAAUAUUAUAAUUAUUUUGGCGGAUGAUUUGGGUUCCCACGAUGUCAGUUUCAGGGGAUCUAGUCAGAUUCCCACACCAAAUAUUGAUGCUCUGGGAUAUCAGGGGGUCAUACUCAAUCGACACUAUGUUCCCGCAUUGUGUUCACCUUCGAGAGCAGCCCUCUUAACCGGAAAAUACCCAAUAAACACAGGAAUGCAACAUUCUGUAAUUUUAUCGAAUGAACCUUGGAGUCUUCCCAUGUCUGAAAAACUUUUACCUGAAUAUCUCAAGGAAUGUGGCUCUUACAGGACUCACAUGGUGGGAAAAUGGCAUCUGGGAUUCGCUAAGAAAAUAUAUACUCCCCUGCAACGUGGUUUCGACUCCCAUUUCGGUUCUUGGGGUCCUUCCCUGAGUUACUUUUCUCAUCGUUAUAUUUUGCCUUGGGAACCGUUUUUCGACGGAUACGACCUGCGUCGCAAUGAAAACGUUACUUACGAAGGUAAAGGAGAAUAUAUCACGGAUAUGAUCACAGACGAAGCAGUACACGUGAUUCGUAAUCAUGCUCGUGCACCGGGUAAACCCUUAUUCCUCAUGGUAACUCAUGUGGCUCCACAUGCAGCUGAAGAUACAAAUCCUCUUCAGGCACCCGAAGAAGACGUAGCCAAAUUUGGAUACAUUGAAGAUCCAGAAAGAAGAGUAUAUGCUGCAAUGGUGGCAAGUCUUGAUCGCAGCGUUGGAAAGAUUGUAAUGACUCUCCAAGAAACAGAACUCUUGAGAAAUUCUGUGAUUCUUUUCUUUUCCGAUAAUGGAGCUCCAACUAAGGGUACAUAUAAUACAACAGGUUCAAACUACCCAUUGAGAGGACAAAAAUUCUCUCCCUGGGAAGGUGCUAUGAGACAACCAGCUGUAAUUUGGAGCCCUUUAAUUCAGAAGCGUCAUCGCGUGUCUGAUGAACUAAUCUAUAUGGCUGACUGGCUUCCAACUCUAGUUAGUCUUUGUCGAAGUGGUUCAAUCAAUGACAUCGACGGAAUGGACGUCUGGCGGACAAUAUCAUGGGACAAGUGUUCACCUAGGCACGAGAUCAUGCAUAAUAUUGACCCAGUUCUUGGAUAUAGUUCCUUGUAUCGCAACGGUUGGAAGUAUAUUAAUGGAACAACAGCAGGAGGCAACUAUGAUGGAUGGUUGGGAGAUGUAGAAGGUGACGAUAAGGCUCCAGGUGUAGCUAACUAUAUUGAAUUAGUGAUGAAAAGUCCUACUUGGCGCGCCCUAGCACCUUUAGCUCAGAAAAGGUUGAGAGUAUCGGAUAUCAAGGCGUUGAGGAGCCAAACACAAAUAAAAUGCGCAAAUCAUAAAAUUGGAAAAUCUUGCAAUCCCUUAGAACAGCCCUGUCUCUUCCAUUUGAAAUCUGAUCCUUGCGAAGAGAACAAUCUUGCUGGUCGUUUUAGGCAAAAACUCAUUCGAAUGCAAGAACGAGUUAAAGCGUUUCAAGGGAGCGCUAUGCCACCAAGGAACGUUCCUGGCGAUCCUAAGUCAAAUCCUGAACUUUGGAACGAUGUAUGGACUUCAUGGAUUGAUGAACUUUCUUCUGAAAAUGCUAAAACUUUAUAGGAACCUAGGCUAUGAAUACUAUUAAGACAUGUAUAAUUAGAUUGUUUGUAGGAAAAGUAGAGUUUUUAUGUUCAGAUUUAAGAGAUCCUUCAUAAUAAACAUAAAACACAGAAAUCUUAAAA